AUGUCAAGCCUGACCUUUUCUUACAAUCAAGAAGAGACUGAUUCUAUUCUGUCUCAAGUCACUUUACCCAUAGAAUUUUUACAGACUCUGGCGUCAGAGCUGAGAACACGGGAUUACGAACGAGAAUCCAGAAGACUAUUAAAUUAUGAAUUACACUGCGUGACUCUUGCAGAGUACGUACGAGCUCAGAGGAUCCCUAGGGGUCUCCGUAUGUCCACACGACCCACAAUAUUCAAGGAAGAUAAAACUUUCUGCGAUCAAUUUGAACAAAUAUUAAACAAAUGUUCCUUUGAUUUGAUGACAUUGACCAUAUCAUAUUUGCAGAAAUCUAUAAUAUCAAUUAAGGAAUCUAUUACUGCAGCAGAACAACAACUUAGAGCGACCCUGGCACCGGAAGCCCUUACUCAACUGCAAGACCGACUGACAUCCACCCUGACAAACCAUAGAAAAGAAUCCGAAGCAGCAAAGAGAAUUUUUUUUUUACGAGAUUCAGAAGACUACAGAAACAAUCGUGUAUACAGAUGGCAGGAAUCCUACUUCUCACAAAACCGCAGGAGAUCAUCUUCACAAGCCUCCUCAGGUUCCAGCACAGACACCAAUAUGGAAUCAUCUCGAUCAACCGGUUUUUUAGGCCGACGCUCACAAGGCAGAAACCGAUACGGAGGGGGAGACAACCAAAGAGGACGAACAACAGUCACGACGCGCUCCCAGAUGCACUAAGAACCGGACCCCCACCAAUGUUUGCCAUCUUUUCCUGUAUCCUUUUCUAGGUGUUGGUUCUUUUAUUUCUAUCUGAUCCCUCCUUUUUCUCUGACCCUCAUUUCUUUUCUCUCUCAGUCUCUUUCUUUUUUUCUCUUUUUUUCUCUCUUUUCCCUUUUUUUCCUUCCUUUUUCUUUGU